AGCAUUUUUAGAAUCUGCCAAUGUGUGACUCUGCGGAUAGUUCACUCAUACAAAAAUUAAAUUAUCUUCAGUUUGAAGAUGACAAUCCCAAUUGCGGGCGAAUAUCAGGUUCGAGACCCGAGGCUCAAGUUCCUGUUUCUAGAACCAUGGGAGCGAUCGAAAGUUUCUUAGAACCCGAUAAUCAUAGGGUUGCCCUACCACCCGCUGAGUAUAAAAUGUACGAAAGAGAAAAUAUCAUAGCAUCCUCCAGAUUUGCGACUCCAAAGUCGGUUGAACAAAUUGAGGAACACCAUCAGCAUUUACACGAGCAUGAUAUAAAGCAAUCUCCUGUAUAUGAAAAUAUAGAAUAUUAUCCUCAACAUGGUCAAACAUACCCACCGUAUUAUCAUCCCAUAGAUUCAAGGAGAACCUCGAGAGAUAGUCCAAGAUUAUCGAUAAGCGGUGAGCAGUUUGAUGGAGGAUUUAAGGUUUGUAUGGGAUCAUUGGAAGCGGGAUUAAACCAUCAUAAAAAAGCGCAACCACAGGUACCAACGACGAAUAGAUAUCAGUCAGCUUCACCAGCCAAAGAAUUGCCACCGUACGAAGCACCGCCUGUUUAUGAAAAUAUUCAAGAUGUUCAUUACUCCGAAAUUAAUAAAAAUAAGGCAAGGCCUCAAGUACCAUCGACUUACUACAAUUCAAUGAAUAUUAACGGUGGAGAUUAUGUUGUAAUGACGGGCAAAGUUGGUCCUGCACAAGGACAAAAAGCCAAUGUCUAUGCUCCUCAAAAACACGAUCGGGGACAAAAUUAUGAUAACUUCUUUCAAAGAUCAUACGAUCAAAAUUUAUGUAAUAAAUACAUAUCGGCAAAUUCCCUAGAGCAACAGAAUAAUAAAAGUACUUAUGUGCCACCUUCGGAACUUCAACAGGUUAAAAACUUUACGUAUGAGCAAUCGCAUCAACAUCAACAGCAACCUCAACAACAAUAUUCUCCAAGAACAAAUUUAUCCUAUCAUGCGGAAGCAUCGUCUAUGGGCUACGUUCCAGAUCAGCAAUAUAAGCAUUAUCGAGGUGCUACGGUAGACGGACUCGGUCAGCAUAAUCAUCAUCGACAGGAAAAUGUACAGACAAACAAGCAAUACGUCGAUCAAGUUUUAAUAUAUCCAACAAAUGCUAAUACUUCGCAUACCGCAUACUAUAAUAAUGGACAGUCGAGAAAUGCACCUGCAUUCACUACACCAAGAUCCGGAGAUUGUCUUAGCAGAAAUACUCACUGCUACUCUCCAAAUUGCAUCAGUCAGCAGAACGAGAGAAAUUGUCAGCAUACGGAUCCUCGACUGGAUUCCGAGUCACGUAAUUCUAAUUACAGUUCGAAUCAACCAACCGAACCGAAUUACUCCAGUCCAUCUGGCGAUAGAAACUUACUCGAAUCUAACGAACAGCCUCGAAAGCCAGCUUCGAUACAAUUUACUCCAAAACAUUCACCGGUAGCUGGGCCACACUCGCCAAAAAUCUGCCCACCACCAAUACCCUCGCAAGAUGUAUCAGUGAUCUCGCCAAGGCGCGAAACACUGGAUAAUCCAAUAAGGGGUCAGGUCCAGGCACCGGUAACAAGCGCAUCCACUGCAUCGGAUUCUUUAGGUAUUCAUGGACCAAGAAUUACAAGUUUGCCGCCAGGAGUAACGAGCGGUGUCGCAGGCCCAGUUAUACUCAGUGAUGGAGUGCCGAUGAUACAGAAACACGAAGAGCUGGAAACGGAGAUGAGGACAUUGAUUAAUCCGCCCAUCAAGCCAAGUCUUGGAAAAGGACUACUUCCUUAUAAUAUCACACCUCCAAGGCCAUUGGGUCCGACAGAGGCUGAAAGAAAAAUUGAGGAAUUAACGAGACAGCUGGAAGAAGAAAUGGAGAAGCAAGAAGAAGAAGGCGAAUACUUUGGCAUUUGUCAUACAUGUCGAGAGAAAGUAACAGGUGCCGGACAAGCCUGUCAAGCGAUGGGUAAUUUAUAUCACACCAAUUGUUUCAUUUGCUGCUCUUGCGGUAGAGCACUUCGCGGUAAAGCAUUUUAUAACGUAGACGGACGAGUUUACUGCGAAGAAGAUUAUCUAUAUUCGGGAUUCCAACAAACAGCAGAGAAGUGUGCCAUAUGCGGUCAUCUUAUAAUGGAAAUGAUUUUACAAGCAAUGGGAAAGUCGUAUCAUCCUGGCUGCUUCAGAUGUUGUGUGUGCAACGAAUGCUUAGAUGGGGUACCUUUUACCGUCGACAUAGAUAAUAAAAUUUACUGCGUUAAUGACUAUCACAGAAUGUUCGCUCCGAAAUGCGCAUCCUGUGGCAAAGGAAUCACUCCCGUUGAGGUAAACGAUAUCGAAGGCACGGAAGAGACAGUAAGAGUUGUUUCAAUGGAUAAAGAUUUCCAUGUUGAUUGUUAUGUAUGCGAGGACUGUGGAAUGCAAUUGACCGAUGAACCAGAUAAACGCUGCUAUCCAUUAGAUGGUAGAUUAAUGUGUCGUGCCUGUCACAUUCAACGUAUCUCGCAUAUACAGCCCAGAGCACCACAACCUGUUUCUGCAAGUUAUCAGUUUAUGGGUUGAUUAUUUAGGACAAAUAAUGUAUAGGAUUUUAUCUUUUAACAAGGACGCAAAAUAAUUGAUUGUCCGAAUGUGAUAUAACAAAACGAGUAGAAGUAAUUUAACGAAACUCUCAUGCGUAUGAGAAGAGAUGAAUAUGUUAACGUGCAUAGUGUCUGUGUGCGAGUCUUUUGGAGUUAGCGCACUGUCGCUGA